UGAGAUGAUCAAUUUUACUGAUAGCUUUGAUCCACUCAAUUCUACAUAUAUGAUGGACCCUGCAAGGCUUAAAUCUCUCGAAGACUAUUUGGAUACGGUCUUCAAGCAACACUAUACCGAGCACCUAACAAACCUCGAGCAACAAUUAAGACCCAUUCCUGAACGUUUCAAUGCUGCACAAAGAUGGGGUGAUUGCGCGCAGUCAAUACUUCGAGUUAGAGACCAAGGCGGUUGUGGGUCUUGUUGGGCUGUCGCUGCCAUAUCUGUGAUUUCUGAUAGAAUUUGUAUUGCGUCUGAAGGGAGGGAAAGAAGUGGCAUUUCGGCGCAACAAUUAGUAGAGUGCUGUGAUUAUUGUGGAGGCUGUACAGGAGCUCCAAACUCCUUCUUUCCCUUUCUUUACUGGCAUAUGGAAGGAUUAGUUAAUGAUCGUUGCUUCCCUUAUACAAUAGCCAGAGAUUGUGGAGCCCCCUGUCCACCUACAGAAUUUCAAAAUCCCCGAGGCUUAGGCUCAUGUUCUUUGGGCAAAACAAAGUGUGCGGAUGAAUAUUUACAGGCUACUAAUUAUAAAGCCAAAUAUGUCUACAAAAUUGGAAGUUUGGAAGAAGACGAUUCUGUUAAUCAGUUCCCCAAGCCUUUAACUAGCAGACUAAAAAUGAAUGAAACUGGGGAAUUUAAUGGGAGAAUAGGAGGAAUUGUUGAAUUGCUUAAACGAGAAAUAAUGACACAUGGACCUGUGAUGCUUUGCUUUAGCGUUUUUGAGAGCUUUAUGCACUACCACGAUGGUGUCUACAAUUUUGAUUUACAACCAGGGGAACAACAUGUAUAUGAUCAUUGUGCAAAAAUAAUAGGUUGGGGACGGCAGAGGAGACCGAACAGUGUGGGGGUGCAGAACUAUUUAAUUGCUGGUAAUUCUAAAACUUUAAAAAUCAGAAUUCUGAUUAACUUGGAGGACUUGGAAAACUAUAAAAAAUCAGAAUUUAAUCAGAAAUUCUGA